AUGUGUCAUUUAGCUUUAUUGUUUGGAUAUACCGAUAUAGUAGUGUGUUUCUGCCACAUGACACUAAUCAUUUGUACUCCAGGUUUUUGUCUUACCAUGUUUAUUUUACAAACAUCCUGUGUGGAAAUGCAUGUACAUAACCCCCCUUAUAUCAUGGCUCCAGGUUUUCUUGCAAUGGUUUUUGGUGGCGGCUUCAAAUUUUUAGUGGGAGUGGGAUGUGGCGUCUAUGUGGCUCAGAACUACAACGUUCCAAAUGUCAAGAAGCUGUUCAACACGUAUGUUUUCCUGGCAAAGCACGUUGAGGAAACGUACCGUAAGCCGCCGAAGAAAGACGACGACUGA